AUGACUUCAGUACAGUUUACACCCAUUGGUAAACGUAACCGUGGGAAGUUUCAAGUACUUCACAGCUAUUCAGCUGCACACCUGCCUGAGUUAAACACUCAACGAAGCCUAUUCCAUGCAUUAAAAGACAAACAUUUAGAUCCGGUGGAAAUGAGUACAUUUGACGAAACAGAACACUCGAUACGCGAAGAUGCUCUGCCAAUAGCGUUUGCUCGCGAGAUCCACAAAGAAAGAAACACCGAUUUUGAAAACACUGGUCUCGGGGUCAAGGAGCUGGAGUCGAUUAUCAAAUCACUUAGAGCAGACAAUUUGAAUUUGAGAUUGAAAUAUAAAGAGUUGCUCAACUCGAUCCAAUUAGACGAUAGAGAUAUUUAUGCUGAGAAUCUGGAGCUCAAACUGCGAUUGAAAAUGAUGGAAAAUGAUAUGAGAUCAAAUAAUGGAAAUGUUAAUACUGAAAAGAAUGACCAUACUAUAAAAAUGCUUCAAAAGGAAGUGGCACAGUUGAAGCAAGAUAAUCAAAGGCUCAAAGAUGCAAGAGAAUAUGAGGCGCAAAAAGUCGACGAUAUUGUCAACAAAGCCCGAGAAGAUAAUAGAAUAGUUGAGCAAUUAGAAAAGCAGAUGCAACACGAGGCGGCAAAAUACGAGGACGAGAUUCAUCAACUUCAGCAAGAACUCUCUCAAACAGAGUCCAAGCUCAUUUCACUUCAGAAGCAAAAUGAUGAUAUUAUCAAGUCGCGGGCGACUGAACGAGAUGUAAAGAGUGAAACCGAGUUGAGGAAUUUGAUCAAGGAAAAUUCCGUACUUACUGAACGUCUUGCUGACUCAGAGCAUGAAGUGAAAAUGCUUUCGAAGAAACUACAACUGCACGUAGGAGCCCUUGAAGAUGGACGGGAAAGGAUUUCACAGCUCGAAGAGAAAAACCACAAACUUAAUAACCAGCUUCAAAAACAGUCUCGCGAGUUGCACGAUUUACAGUUUAGUAAAAACAAUGACUUUGAAAGUGCUCGCAAUAGAGAGACACAGAGACUUCAGCAGCAGGUUGAUUCAUUGGAGGUUGAAAUUAGUCAAUGUUCAAAAAGACUUGUUGAAAUGCAAAAGAAAUAUGACUUGGCCAAUGAGGAUUUGAGCCACGAACGAAUGCACGCGGAGAACUUGGAAAAGGAAGUAAAUGACUUGGAAGCUCAAUUGAGAGAAGUAAAGCUCAAUCAAACAGAGGUCUCGCUGCGAUCUGUUAAAGAAAGUCAAGAUGCUACCAACGAGAUGGACAAAUUGAGACGCGAACUUGCAGAAAAGGAUAUUGAUUUAGAGGAGCUUGAAGUAAGAUUGGUUGCCAAUGAAAAGCGACUAGAUGAGGUACUCUAUGAGUUAAAGUUACUGGAUGAAGAUUAUGCUAAAGUAAACAAGAUCAACGAUGAGCUCAAAGAUGCACUUUAUCAGGCAAACGAAGAACUUAAAGAGUUGAAAACCCAUGAUAAAAAUGCCGAGUCAGAUUCCAUCAAUGAGCUUCGAUUCAAGGUACGACAAUUGCAAGAGCAAAUCUCUGAUCUACAGGACGAGAAAGAUGAGCUUAUUGCAAAUGCCAAGGAAGAUGACCGAUUGUACAAGGACAAUGUGCAGUUAGUGAAGAUGGUUGAAGAAUUACAGAAAUCACUUAAUGAUCUCGGAAUGUCCAGUCCUGAAGAGUUGACUCAAUUCGAAAUGAAUUUGAAAAGAGACCUUGCAGAUAAGAAUCAGAAAAUCAAGAGAGGAGACGAGGUGAUUUAUAAGCUUGAAUCCAAGCUUGAGCGAGCUGAACUGGAUAAAAAAACAUUGGAGAAUGAAUUGCUAUUGGGCCAACGUGAAGUUGAAAAUUUACAAGAAGAUGUAAAGGCUUUACAAGAAGAGCUGAGGAUUCUUCGUACCAAGUUGAAAGAUUCCGAACAAGUAUUGCUAAUGUCAGAUGACAAGUUGCUGGAUGCCAAAGCAGAGUUGAAGAAUUGGAUAAGAGCCGAAGAUUCGAUGCAGGACGAAUUAAAGAGACUACGUGAAGAUUUGAAACUAUCACAAGACACAAUUAAGGUGCUUCAAGAACAACUCCAGGGACAAAAAUCUUCUGAACCUUCACCCACAAUCACUGAUUAUAUGGAGUUUCAACUUAAAAGCACAAGAAAGGAGCUUACUGAAGCACGCAAGAGUAUUGACGAACUCAAGGAAAAGCAUGCAAGUGAUAUUAUGCUAGCAAAAGAGGAUGCAUCUAGCAAAGAACAGACAUUGCAACUGACAAUCAAUGACCUCAAAAACAAACUACUCAUCAAGAGUCAGGAACAUGAUCGUAUUGUUGCCGAGUCUGCAAGGCUUGCCUCAAAAAUGUCCAACUUCCAUGGUAAUUUAAAGAUUGCACAGGAUUAUGAGCGUGCAGAUUUUCUUAAAAAUGAAAGCAUAUACUUCAAACAGCGGUAUAGAGAUACUCAUUACCGUGCAGCAGACUUUGAGUUCUUGUACAACUUUGCCAUGGACAAGAUCAAAAAGAGCAAGUUUAAAGACGAUGAGAGCGUUAAAUUGGCCAAGCUUGGCUUGUACCCUGGUUAUGUUAUCCGCAAAGAGGAGAGACCCCAGCUUACUUUCAAGACAUUGGCCACGUUCGUGCUUGCUGCAGUGAAGCUAAGAAGAAGAACAGCUCAAGAGAAGCUGCGCUAUAACCAGUUGCUGCGAGUCAAGGCAGAAUUAGAUGCCACGAGAUUAAGAUUAAAGAGCGCUCUGUAG